GAAACAAACAUUUGAACCCAUUUCUCCCAUUCCAACGCGAUGAGUUUUUUCUCUUCUGCUGCCGGGUUGCUGCAGGCCUGCAAGAGAAGGUGCUGGCUGACAUGUUUCAGGUCAGUGUGUCCACUGUCUCCCGUGUUGUUAUAACGUGGGCCAACUACCUUCACCUGCUCCUUGGCUCCAUCCCCAUCUGGAUGAGUAAACAGCAAGUCAAGAACACCAUGCCAAGCAAAUUUGUGCAGUACAGUCUAGAUGUUCGGGUAAUCAUCGACUGCACCGAGGUGCGAUGCCAGAAUCCAUCAUCCUUCACUCUCCAAUCUGAGGUUUUCUCAUCUUGCUCUUUCUACAAGAACACAACAACCUUUAAGGCCUUGAUUGGGAUUGCCCCUUGUAGUGCUGUGACUUUUGUGUCAAGUCUCUUCACCGGCUCCAUCUCUGACCGAGAGCUGACUGAACGAAGUGGACCGCUGGAUUUACUGGAGCCAGGAGAUGGCUGCAUGGCAGACAAGGGUUUCACCAUUGAGAAGCUGCUAGCUGACCGUGGGGCAACACUGAUUAUACCACCCUUCAAGAUGACAGGGCAGUUCACCGAAGAGGAUGCUCUGAAAACACAAGCAAUCGCCCGACUUCGAAUCCUUGUGGAAAGAGCAAUACGCAGAGGCAAGGAAUACCGCAUCUGGGAACGCACUGUCCCUCUCACCUUGUCUGGGACAGUCAACCAGCUGUGGACCGUCUGCUGUGUGAUGACCAACUUCCAGGGACCACUUAAUUUAAAAGGCUGCAUCCCUGUUGAAUAGUGUUUCUACUCAAACAUAUACCGAUAAAUAUUAAAACGAGAGACACAGAACAUUUGGAGUGGUCCCUUCAUUUUUUCCGGGGCUGUAAUUCUGUAUACUGAAAACAUUGUACUGUAUAUUUUGAAUGACAUGUAUAUAAUUGAAUGAGAAGUCUCAUCUAUGAUCAAUUUUAAAGUCCAGUCGGUCCAU